AUGUCAUUCAACUUGAAGUCAGUCAUUUCAAAAGACACAUUUCGCACUGUCACGUACGACCCAGGCUUGGACUACAAUGAAGAGAUUCAGGCGGCGGGCGGAAAGGAAGAAAGCAACUCGUGUGGAUUGGCAGAUAAACUGAGGAGGUGUUGCAAGAACAGGCCUGGCAAGAAAGGGCCCACUUAUUCGAAGGAGAGCGGUGUUCAGGGCGAACGGAACGACCAGUUGGAAGAUGAGGUUGGAGAGGUGCGAGGAGCGGAAGGAGAAAUUGGUUUGCCAGUUGAAGAAGUUGCCUGGGAAUUAGAGAUGCGUGGAGAAAGAGAAGUGGAAAAUGAAGGAGCAGCUGUCCAUGUUCAAGGAAUGGAGCGACCAAGAAAUGAAAGUUAUCUGGAAAUAAGUAUAAAACGUUUUGUAAGAGUUUUAUUGAUUGGUGAAAGGGAAAGGAAAAUGAAAGGAUUGGUGGAGUGGCAAGAUUGGAAGCAGAGGAUAGAGAGAAGUUGGGGGAGGGGCGAGGAGAAGGGAAACAGUGAGAAAAGAUUUGUGGAGUGCCAAGGAGAAGAAGGAUUAAGAGAAGAUUCAGGGAGCGUCAAAAAGAAAAAGCAGAGACUUCAGAGAAGAUUUGGAGGGAGGGCGGGCAAAGCUCGCCACGGGUCUCGGGAACGGGCGGGCGAGGCCCGCCUGGCGUCCCGGGAACGGCGGGCGAGGCCCCGCCUGGCGUCCCGGACGGGAACGGGGGGCGAGGCCCCCUGGCGUCCCGGGAACGGGCGGGCGUCCCGGGACGGGCGGGCGACGGCCCGCCAGCCGUCCCGGGACGGGCGGGCGAGCGGCCCGACCGGGUGGCGUCCCGUCGGGACGGGCGGGCGCGACGGCCCGCCAGGCGUCCCGGGACGGGGCGGGCGACGGCCUGCCAGGCGUCCCGGGACGGCGGGGGAAGCGACGGCCCGCCUGGCCGGGUCGACGGGCUGGGCGCGACGCCGUCGGGCCCGGGACGGGCUUUGGGCGACGGCCCGGGUCCUGCGUCCCGGGACGGCGGGGCACGGCCCCCCAGUCGUCCCGGGACGGGCGGGCGACGGCCCGCCGGCGUCCCGGGACGCGGGGGCGGACGGCCCGCCAAGGCGUCCCGGGACGGGCGGGGCGAACGGCCCUCCAGGCGUCCCGGGCCCGGGGCCGGGCGGGGGACGGCCCGCCUGGCUUUCCCGGACGGGGCGGGGCGCCGGCCCUCCAGCGUCCCGGGACGGGCGGGGCGAACGGCCCGCCCGGCGUCCCGACGGGCGGGGGGGGCGACGGGCCCCCGCCAGGCGUACCGGGAACGGGGCCGGUUGGCCCGACGGGCGCCAGGCUUCCCGGGACGGGCGGGGCGGACGCCCCGCCAGGCGUCCCGUGACGGGCGGGCCGACGGCCCCUUCCAGGGCGUCCCGGGACGGGCGACGGCCCGCCAGGCGUCCCGGGAGGGCGCGACGGCCCGCCAGGCGUUCCCGGGACGGGCGGGGGGGCGACGGCCCGCCUGGCGUCCCGGGCUGCGGGGGGGGCGACGGCCCCGCCCGGCUCCCCGGGACUGCGGGCGGGGCGGCGGCCCCGCCAGGCGUCCCGGGACGGGCGGGGCGACGGCCCUCCAGGCGUCCCGGGACGGGCGGGGGUGGCGACGGCCCGCCUGGCGUCCCGGGACGGGGGCGGGCGACGGGCCCGCCAGGGCCGUGCGGGAACGGGGCGGCGACGGCCCGCCAGGCGUGCCCGGGACGGGCGGGCGACGGCCCGCCAGCCGUCCGGACGGGCGGGGCCGACGGCCCCGCCAGGCGUCCCGGGACGGGCGGGCGACGGGCCCGCCCUGGUCCGUCCCCCCGGGACGGGGCGCGGGGGGGGGACGGGGCCCGGCCCGGAGGCGUCCCGGGACGGGCGGUGCGACGGCCCGCCUGGCGUCCCGGGGACGGCCCUGGGGCCGACCCGGCUGGCGGUCCAACCCGGGCGGGCGGAGACGGCCCCGCCGGCUUCCCGGGACGGGCGGUCGGGCGCCCCGCCUGGCGUCCCCGGGGACGGGCGGGCGACGCCCGCCUGGCGUCCCGGGACGGCGGGCACUGCCUGGCGUUCCCGGGACGGGGCCCGCGACGGCCCGCCUGGCGGGUCCCCGGACGGGCGACGCCGGGCCCGCCUGCUUCCCGGGACGGGCGGCGACGGCCCCGCCUGGCUCCCGGAACGGGCGGGCGACGGCCCGGCCUGGGUCCCGGGACGGGCGGGCGACGGCCGCCUGGCGUCCCGGGACAGGGGGGCGAACGGCCCCGCCGGCCGUCCCGGGACGGGCGGGCGACGGGCCCCCAGGGGGGGCGCGGUCCGCGGGGGACCGGGCGUGGGGGCGACGGCCCCGCCAGGCGUCCCGGGACGGGCGGGCGACGGCCCGCCAGGCGUCCCGGGACGGGCGGGGCGCGACGGCCCGCCAGGCCUCCCGUGGACGGGCGGGCCGACGGGCCCGCCAGGCCUUCCCGGGGGGGGCCGGGCGGGGCCGGGACGGCCCGCCAGGCGUCCCGGGACGGGCUGGCGACGGGGCCCCCAGGCGUCCCGGGACGGGCGGUCGACGGCCCGCCUGGCCGUCCCGGGACGGGCGGGGCGACGGCCCGCCAGGUCCCGACGGGGCGGGCGACGGCCCGCCGGCGUCCCGGGACGGGUGGGCGCGGCCCGACCGGGCGCCUGGCGGGUCCCGGGACGGCCCGCGGGCCCGGGAAAAAAACGGGCCGCCACCCCCCAGGGUCCCGGGACGGGCGGGGCGACGGCCCGUCCCGGGUCCCGGGUCCCGGACGGGCGGGCCGGAACGGGCCACCCGCCAUGGCGUCCCCGGGAGGGGCGGGCGACGGCCCUAAGGCGUCCAGGGACGGGCGGGGCGACGGCCCCGCCUGGCGUCCCUUACGGGCCGGGGCGACGGGACCCGCCUGGGUCCCGGGACGGGGCGGGCCGGACCCGGCCUCCGGGCGGGCGGUCCCCGGGACCCGGGCCGGUGGCGGGACGGGCCCCCGCCGGCGUUCCCAGGGAACGGUUGGGCGGGCGGACGCCCGGCCCUGGAGUCCCGGGACGGGCGGGCGCGGCCCCGACCUGGGCGGGUCCGGGGACCCGGUGGCGGGCCCCGGGGACGGGCACGGGCGUGGCGUCCCGGGACGGCGGGCGACGGGGCCCGCCUGGCGUCCUGGGAGGGCGGGGGGGGCGACGGCCCGCCUUUUUUUUUUUGGCCCCCGGGUCCCGGGACGGCCCGGGCCGGACGGGGCCCGGGCAAGCCGGCGUCCCGGGGACGGGCGGGCGACGGCCCGCCAGGCGUCCCGGGAACGGGCAGGGCCGACGGGCCCGGGCCAGGCCCGUCGGGACGGGCGGGGCGAAAAGGUGGCCCGCCCCAGGGCGGGUCCCGGGACGGGUCGGGCGACGGCCCGCCCAGGCGUUUACGGGGCGGGCGGGCGGACGGCCCGGGCCACGGCCCCCCGGUCCCGGGACGGGCUCGAGGCCCGCCAGGUGCGGGGCGGGACGGAGGCGCCCGGGACGGCCCCGGGCCUCGGCGUCCCGGGCACGGUUUCCAGCGGGCGAAGGCCCGCCAGGCGUCCCGGAAGGGGGCGGGCGACGGCCCGGCCUGGCGUCCCGGGAGGGGCGGGUGGGCCGACGGCCCGCCAAGGCGUCCCGGACGGGGCGGGCGAGGCCCAGGCCUGGCGUCACGGGAGGACGGGUGGGGCGGGACGGGCCCGCCUUGGCGUCCCGGGAAGGCGCGGGCGACGGGCCCGCCUGGCGUCCACGGGACGGCCCGCCCGGGCGACGGGCCCGGGCCUGGCGUCCCGGGAGGGCGGGCGCGGCCCGCCUGCCGUCCUGGGACGGCGGGCGAUGGCCCAACAGAAUGAACGCACAAAGUUGCUGAAACGAACGCGCCAAGUACAGAACGUUUCUCACACGGAACGAGCUUGGGUAUUAAAGGGCUCUGACCGUCUGAUCGGCAUUCAUUCAGCCCUGAGCGGCCACAAGUGUCGCAGUGUCACACCCGACAUCAAAGCUCUUCGAGAGGUCCAGACUUACAAGAAUCUACUAAGGAACAGUGGCCCAGUUUAG